UCAUGUCAAGAUUAAAGAAAACUUGCAUCCUGUUAGUUGUAGGUUUUUGUCUUGGCUACAUGUUCACAUCUAUGACUUAUGAAGACACGGUGGAUAGACUGAAACAAACUGUAGCGUUAUAUCUGCGGCGAACAGAGGCCGUUUUCAGCAAUGUAACCGCUUACCACAACAAUUCAUCGCCCUAUCGCACCAUGAUAUCAAAUAAAAAAAAUAACCACUUCACUUUAAGUCAGCUAUCGCACAGAGCACAAGGCAGCGAUGGGUGGAAUUUAGUGUUUAGCAGGAAUCGGACGAUAUGGAAGGUCCAGCCUAGUAUGUGCAGCAGAAAUACCACUGGAUUCUAUCGCUCCAAACUCAGAACAAAUGUUGGCUCGACGACCAUUUAUAUAUAUGACCCGAGGAAGGAUAUAUGGGUUAGCAGGGAAAUCAUCAGAUAUGGGAGUUGGGAGGGAAAACAUAUAAACCUUAUACUGUCCUUACUACAGCAGGAUCCAGAUCUACACUUUGUAGACAUUGGUUCCAACGUGGGUGUGUUUACUUUAGCGGUCGCCCUGCUUGGGCGACGAGUGCUAGCGGUAGACGCCCUCGCGAUGAACAUCAUGCGAUUGUGCUCCUCUGUGAUUGAAGGUAACUUUACCGAUAGUGUUCAAAUUGUGUACAAUGCAUUUUCUGAUGUCUAUGAAACAGUAUCACUCGGAAUGGAUGAAAAUAACGUUGGAGGCACGUUUGUGGCUAAGGAUAAAAAUACCAACAAAGUGAUCGGAAGUAGGGUCGUUGGGAAUUAUGGAACCGUUCAAACAAUACGAUUAAACGAUGUUUUAUCAUUACCUAGAUUUAACUUUAGAAAAGUGAUAAUGAAGAUUGAUGUUGAAGGCUAUGAAAACAAAGUUUUCAAAGGCGGCGAAACAUUUUUCGAUAAAGUCGAUGUACGGGCAGUUCUUAUGGAGUGGCAGUGGCUUAAAACCGGAAACGCUGGGCAAGAAAUUAUCAAUUUCAUGUUACUUAAAAAUAUGGAACCGCAUGUUCCCGAACAAAACCCUCGGCCAUUAAAAAUUCAGGACCGUGGCAAUUGGCCCAAUGAUAUUUUAUGGAGGAAAAAACCUUUAAUAAAAACGAGAUGA